AUGACGGCCGCGCCGCCAGACGCAACCCCGCUGGAGCGCACCUUCAAGAGCUUCGUAGGCUGGGCCUCCUCCGUGCCGGACGCUAUCGGGCUCGGCCCGGUGACCGCGGGCGACCACGGGGAGGAGGCCGCCGACUGGGAGGAGGCGCUGCGCAGGCAGAACGCCGCCAACGAAACCGAGAAGUUGGCGGGCGAGAUGGUCCACGUGAACAUUGGUGCGAUGGGGGCGCCGCGGCGACGUGGCGCGCGCAUCACGCGAAGCGACGUGGAGCGCCGCGGCGACGUGGAGCGCCGCGGCGACGUGACGUGA